AUGAAGCAUUCUGGGCCAUUGUAUGUCUUUUAUGGACUAACAAACUUCUUCCAAAACCACCGUCGAUAUGUCAUGUCUCGUGAUGACGAACAACUCAACGGCAAGCCCAUUACCGUUCCCAGCGUGGAUUGUGAACCAUAUCGUUACAAUGUUGUGGACGGUGUCAAAAAAAUAAUCGCUCCAUGCGGAGCAAUAGCUAACAGUUUGUUUAAUGAUACUUUUACUUUAAGGCUAGUGCAAAAGGAAAAUAAAAGUAGCGUCCUUGUUGAGUUUUCAAUGGAUAACAUAGCUUGGAAGUCGGACCGAGACGUGAAGUUCGGACGGCCCGCUUCGUGGGAUAACACGACCAAGCCCAUUAAUUGGCCCAAGCCCGUGCAGAAUAUCAGUGCAAACGCUUAUUCCGGAUUCUCCCAAUUGCUUGUUUGGAUGCGAACAGCAGCACUUCCAAAUUUCCGCAAAAAUUAUGCUGACAUUAUCCAUAAAGGUGCCUUCGCUAAUGGUCUCCCGGCUGGAUACUAUGAAGUAGAUGUUGAUUAUUCGUAUCCAGUGACCCAGUUUAGUGGAACCAAACGAUUUAUUAUCUCACAGGCCAGUUGGUUGGGUGGCCGCAACCCGACAUUGGGUAUUGCUUACAUUGUCGUUGGUUGUAUCCAUGCCGUUCUCGCGGUAAUCUUUACCGGAAUUCACUUUCAUUUGCGCAGAAGGCGACGGGGAAGACUCUGA